AUGUCAACUUCGAACAGUAACAAUGUAUUAUUUAAUGGGCAAUUUGAUGCCCGUAUAUUUAUUGCUAUAUUCGUUCCAGCAAUGUUUUUAUUGAUAAUUAUUUUAACAAUGAUUGUCUUUCUUAUCUAUCGUCAACCAUCAUAUUAUGAUAGUUAUAUAGGUGACAAUGAAACUGAUAAUACUGAUACUUCCUAUUCGAAAUUCGAAAUAUUAUCUCGAGCACCGAAUAGUUAUGCAUAA